UUCAGUUGCCGGUAACUUUACCCAGGAAACGCCUCAAAAAAAGGACAAAUAUAUUAAAAUUGUUCCAGCAUUUUUAAGAAGAUAAGUUGAGCAUCCAUUUCUAAUUAAAAUGGGAGAAAUAUCUGAGGACUCUCUAGAUAACGAAGAGGUCCCUGGACCUACAUUCGAAGCCAAUGAAGUGAUUAAAUUAAAGCACUCCUUUGGAUAUGAUUGCAAACGCCUGUUUAACAUGGUCUUAAUUGAUGAGGAUACCUUGGUAUUUGCUUCCGGCACCUACAUACACUAUUUUAGCAUAUCCCGUAGAGAAGUGACCUUUCGAGAGACUGUCUUUGGCUGUGGUGUGGGUUUUAUAACGAAAAACUAUAAUUCCAAUUAUCAAGGAUUGCUCACCAUUGGCGAGAAUGGACCUAAAGCUACGGUUUUUAUUUACAAACACCCCAGCAUAGAGCCACGUAUUAAACUGGAAGGUGCUGCUAAACAGCAAUUUACCUGUGGCUCUUAUAACUCUAGUGGAGAGUUAUUUGCUUCGCAAGCUGGUUAUCCUGAUUUUAUGUUGACCAUCUGGAGAUGGGAGAAAACUGAAGUGGUGUUGCGUUCCAAAGCUUUUCAAAAUGAUGUCUUACAUGUGCAUUUUUCCCGAUUUAAUCCCAUACUUUUGGUCUCAUGCGGCCUUAGUCACAUAAAGUUUUGGAAAAUGGCCAAUACCUUUACGGGUCUCAAACUGCAAGGUGAUCUUGGGCGCUUUGGCAAGACAGACUUUAGCGACAUCUAUGCUGUUUGCAUGCUAGCCGAUGAAACUGUCAUCUCGGGUUGUGAGUGGGGCAAUAUGCUGCUGUGGGAGGCCGGUUUGAUUAAAUUUGAAAUAUGUCGUAAGGGUCGUCGAGCCUGUCAUAGCAAACCCAUUGUAAGGAUAACUAUGGAAAACGGAGAAGUGACCACUGUUUCUAUGGAUGGUUAUGUACGCAUAUGGUUUUGGGAAACUGUGGACUUGGCUGAUCCACCCGAUGAUGAUCGUUUUGUGGAGAUUGAACCAAUUUUUGAAUUUUAUGUUGGAGACUGCGAGAUAAGAAUGAUGCAAAAGAUUAAAUUAUUCGAUCCUAAUGAUUUUGGACAUUAUGUGCUGGAUGGCGGUGGCGGUGUCUGGUAUUGUGAUCUGAAUACCAAAGAUAUACCCAAUGAUUCGUAUAAACUAUACUCUUGCCAUGGUGGACGUGUCAUAGCUGCUCAAACUAGUCCAAUAUCAACACACCUCAUGACAUUAGGUCAGGAUGGACGCAUUUUGGUGUACGACUAUGAGCGUGAAAAGCUCAUAUUGGAGAAACUCUAUACUGCGGUGGGCACGGAUCUUCUAUGGUUUGGUCCUAAAGUAUCUGAUUCCUGCAUGGAGUUGGUGGCCAGCUUUGAGGAUGGAGUUAUACGACAAAUUUUCUUGGAUCUAUCCCAACCGCUCCAACCCAACAUACAUUUGAUACGACCAAUAAAGGCACAUACGGCUGCUGUGACACGCAUAACCAUAAAUCCUUCCAAUUCACUGCUUAUUACCGGUAGUGCAGAUCGAUCUAUAUUCCUGUAUAGUUUGACGGAGAAGAAAGAUGCUUUCGUAUUUCUCCAGCCCAUGGGUUUCAUACAAUUCAAUGCCAUACCCAAUUGUUUUUAUUGGAAGGAUGAGGAACCCUUGCUUCUUAUUGGAUGUCAGAGUGGAGAGAUUUAUGAAUACCAAUUGCCCAUGGAGGUGAGCGAAGAGCAAACAACUUUGAGCUACAAUUUGACCGAUAAAAAGGUCAUGAAAGUCACAAAGUUUAUUUCGGUCAAGAGUUUGAUAAGAAGAGAGUUGCGCAGAGAGGAAAUAAAGAGGAGAAAAGAAAAGAAGAAACAGCAGAAACUAGAGGAUAUUGAAAGACUGAAAGCCAGUAACCCGGGAUUGCAGAUCGAUAUGGAAAGUGCUUUAGCUGACUCCGAACCCGAGGAGGAAGAGGAACCUUUGCACAUUCCCCCUACUCCUAACCCGGUAUUGUGGUUAAGACAAACAAUAAACAAUACAAUAUGGGUUUCCAUGGGGGGCUAUGAUGCCGGUUACAUUUAUGAACUAGCCAUGGAAACUGAGAAUCCGGUACAUUCGACAAUCAUAAAGGAUGCUGAUGACAUAGAAAUUCAUUCAUUUUUGGAUUUUGAGGAAUAUCUGGUAUUUGGCAUGGGCAAUGGUGGCAUACGCAUACAACGUAAAAACCCCUCCGACUUUACCGAUCUACGCAACUAUGGUUUGCUAUGCAUGCAUAAUCCUCUUAAUGGCACUAUUCCCAGUCUAAUACUUAGUCACGAUGGCAGUUUUAUAAUUAGCAUAGGCUUUGAUGGCAAUGUGUUUGUAUAUAAUUGGUUUGGACCCAUAAUCGAAAUUGAAAAAAGAACCUUGCCAGUUAUAACACCCAAAAUUACUCCCACAGAAGACAUUUUCGAUGCCGCACACCCUUCCUUGGAACAGGAAAAAAUCUAUGCUGAAAUUAAACGCCAAGAAAUGGCGGCUGCUGCUCAUGAUCGCAAAGUGUUGGAAGACAUUUCUGCAUUGCAGCUGAAAUUCAAUGAUCUACUCGAACAGAAUAUGAAUGUUGAGGAGGAUUUGCGUAUAGGACACCGUGAUUUAUUAAUGGAUGAACGCAUAACCAAGCAAAUACAAGAUGAAUUGCAAUCAGAAUUGGAUGAUGUGCGUGAAGAUUUGGCUUAUGAUCUGGAGGUGGCACAAGUGGGCAAGAAAAAGCUGUAUGAUUAUUUCAUAAAGAAAUUGGAUCACAUACCCAUAAAGAUAUCCAAUGUGGGUUGUAGCACUCAUGAUGUGUUGUACUCAUUUCGAUUGGAGCGCUUAGAUGAUAAUUUCGAAGCUAUAAAAGCAGACAUAGAAGAACGUUUGCGUUUGGAAGCCUUAAAGCGAAUACCUGUCCAUAUGACAAUGGCUGAAGAAAAGGAUGAUGCUAUGCCAGAACCGCCCAGUGAAACGUUCUUCUUUGGACGUGAUCCGAAUUCCAUAAUUCCUCGUUUCAGUCGUAAAAUGCUUAGACUCUUGACACGCUAUCGUUCUCGCCAACUAUUUCAGGUGGAACGCUUAUACAACUGGGAGAAAAUGUUCAAACAGAAACCGGAUCCUAAUAGAAAUCAUCCAGAUGAUGAUCGCAAAAUUCAAGAGGCCGAAAAAAGUAUUGGCGAUUAUAAACUAAAAACGGGCUUGCAAUAUCAGCCGCAACCUCACGAGACCUUGGCGUAUAAGUACAAGGAGAUAGUCAGUCUGCGCGAGACUUUGCAUGCCCUCAUAGAUAAUUUCAAUAAACGUGUAUUUCUCUUAAGGGAUUCCAAAAAGGAGUUGUACAACAUGAUAGAAAAGAAACGUAAACGUUUGGAAGAAAUCCAUCGUUAUCUGCCAGAGAAGAAUCGUAAAUAUCUCAUGGAAAUACGGCCACUUAAUGUGGAUGAGGAAUGGCCGGAGUUGAAUCUAAUAGAGCACUGCCAUCCUGGCUGCAAUAUCAAUGUUAAAGAUAUAUUGUAUCUGGAGCAAAGAGUGGAGGAUAUGGUGCCCAAACAGGAGGCCAUGAAAAUUAAAAGUUUUGCUUCCCAAGAUGGUUUGCAUGAAUCUGAGAUAUAUGCUGCCUUACAGGUCAAAGAGCUUGAAUGUUUUCCCAAUGGCCCCACCUUGCUGACAGAACUACAGAAUUUACCACAGCCCGGGGAUUUGGGUUAUUUUAACAUGCCAGAGAACAAAGACUCGUCAUCCACAUUGACAUCUUCCUGGCUAAUUGAAUUGCGUUAUCGUUGGCUAUUGGAUUUGCUGGUGGAACAGGAUGGUAUCAUUCAUACCAUUCAUCAAAAUAUCAAAACGUUCGAUAAUCGUCUGCAUGAAUUGGAGGAUAUUCGUUUGCAAACCAAAUUCGAGGCUGAAUUCAUGCAAAGCUAUUUGAUUGUGCUCAAUCAAGAACUGUACAUAUUGCGUGAUAGCGAACAAAUAGAAAAUCAAUUGUUGACUAACGCCGACACAGCCAUGAAGACACGAAAUGCCACCCAAACUUCCAUAAACACCCUAAAUCGACAAAUUGAGGAUUUACGCAAAAAUUGUGAUCGCCUCAAUGAACAAAUAUUGGACAUACGAUCGAAAUUUCAAAUCAAUACCAAAGGGCAUAAGUUUUUUGAUUUUUUGCGAAGAAUUUUCAAGAAGAAAUGGCGUCCGCCAAAGCCUCAAAAGUCGGGAGAUGAAUCAUCUGAAUCUUCUUCUGCUGACGAAUCAUCAAGCGAAGAUGAGGAUGAUACAAAGAGCAUUGAUUCAACAGAUGUGACUACCAUACGAUUGGAUGAAUCUCAUUGUCCCGCCGGGUUAGAGCGACAUAUGUACGAAUUGGCUUUUAAGCUACGUUCCGAUAGGCAUGAUAUGGAGAGGGCGUUAAGUGAGGCCCUCCGACAAAUCGAUAUUAAGAAGGAAGAAGUCAAAGCAGCCCAAAUGAAAAAGAAACAUCAUGAGAAUGUCUUCAGUGAGGAAAAUGAAAAACUAUUGGAAUUUAGGCGCAAACGUCAAUUGGAGUUAAAUAAAGUACAUGUGGCAGUUGUACUCCAUAUGCAUCAACUUCAACAUUUCCGUGAGGGUGAAGAUUAUCGUGAUCUCAGCAAAGCGGUACUUUUCGAUUCAACUCUGCUAAUGAAUUUACAGGGUCGUGUGGAUCAGCUAAAAGUGGAGACCUUGGAGACUAAACGUUUGCAUCGCAUUAACAUCGUACAUUUGCGACGUUUGAAUACAGAUUUGAAAUUUAUGCGUUCAGAAAUUUAUCGAUUGGAGGAUUUGAUACGUCAAGAGAUGAUGAAGAAAUUUGGCAUGGUCAUCGAUUUGGACGAACUUGAAGAGGAGGUAUUGCGAAAAUAUGUUUUUGAACUAGAAACUACUGCUGAAGAUGAAAUGCGUUUAUUGGAAUUGGAAAUGAAAGAGAAGAGGACUGAACUGGCCAUUGCUCAGGAAGAGCUUAUUAAAGAAACCCAAAUGCAUUGCGAUAAAUUGAAUAUUUUGGCCAUACUAACCGAGGAGAAAACAUUUCUGGAGAAACUACUCGUCUGUCAGCAGAAAAAUUAUGAAAAAUGGGCAAAACGUCCUGGUCUCUCUAUAGAUAAGGAUAUUGAGAAAUUGACUUUAAUCGAAAGGGAGCAAAAGGAACAGAUCCGGAUUUUAGAACGAGAAAUAUGCACAUUGCGCAUGAAGGCAAAGCCCCUUCAAAUCGAUGGAGAAUCUGGUGAAGCUGCUGCCUCUAAUAAUCAAGAAACCAUACCCACAGAUGGGGCUAAUACAUGCCCAGAGAUCUUUCAGGCAGAUGCUUAUCAGGCUCGUCGGCUCAUCCCCGAUGAGUUUAUAAUGGAUCGUUGCCAGAAGGUUGUUCAAAAGUUAUUCUUACAACAUUUUGGGAAAAUGACCUCCAGAGAGAAUGUUAGGCGUUAUGCCAACAAAGUUACCCGAUAUUUGGGUCAAGCCGCCUACAGCUUCGAAGGCGUGGUUACCGAUGACAUCAUGAAUUGUAUUAUUGAAAAUCUUCAAACACUAAUGCCCAAGAAAUAUUUGGUCGUCUUGACUCGCGAUCAUUUGGAGAAAAUGUUUAAUGAAAUAUUGGCCGUUUUCGACUAUGAGCGUUCCGAUGUUAAUACUGAAGAUGUCAUCUCUGGUAUCUUUGACAAUGCCCGAGAAGCUCUGCAACAAACUACGGGCAUCCUUAAUAAGACACAAUUUAUGCUAAUACACAUGUUCAAGGAAUUGAUUGAAAUUCUACCUUUGGAAGAGUUUCAAAGUGACGAUACGGUGCGUUUUAUUGCAGACAAUUUGGAGAAGGAGCCCUACUUUGAUGGCCGUUGCAUUAACAUUGAGGGUUUGGUUGACAAGGUUGUGGAAUAUGCCAAGGCCAAUUUGUUAGAUGCCAUCACUGCCAUUCCAAUAAGAAAUUUAGCUGUCCGUGUACAAAAGGAAUGCAGCAAACGAAGACCUCAAAAUGCUUUGAGCGUUCGAUGCUCCAUUGGUUCUGUUAGUGUUUCGAUGAAAUCCAAAGGGCCAUCUUAGACAUAAAUUCAUUUUUAGAUGUAAAACAAAUCAAGUGUCAUUUAUAUAAAAAAAUAAUAAAAUUUGUAUUACCAUUUUGUAAAAA